AUGGAAACGUCGUCACUUUGGUCGACAGACCAUUCGAUGAGAGCUCUCGUUAUUUCUAUUGUCGCUUUUACGGUGUGCAUCUUGGGGGAGCGGCCGAAAGUGAAGGACAGUACUGGGGCGCUUCUGGUGAAGAUCAGUGACAUUCCAGUUGGUUCGUGUGGUUCGGAUUCAUAUUUCGGGUUGGGUAUGAUGAACGGCAGUCUGGAAGAAUGCGACAGAUGGCAACUUACUGAUCCAGCGGCAAUGUUAGAGUACGAGGAGUACAAGUGCAAACAUUUACGAGUUCAUGCCAGAAUGGUGGGUAGAAAGUGCGUCUGUGAGCCCAAAUGGAAGGGUCCCAUCUGCAACGAGUUCGAGGGUUGUCCUGACGGACAUGCUCUUCACGGAAAGGUAUGCACAGCUAAUGUCUGUCAACACGGUGGCACUCUCGCUGUUGGCAAGAAGGAAAUUGAGUGUAUUUGUGAGGUCCCUUGGGAUGGUCGCUACUGUGAGAGGCUUGCUUGCUGGAGAAAAACCAAAUUUGGUCAAGAUAGGCGUUUCCGUAACCAAGUGGAUCACUGUGUGUGUAGUGCGUAUUUCGAAGGUGAAAACUGUGACAAGAUUGUCGCCUGCAUGAAUGAAGGAGAUCUCCAAGACCACAGGUGCAUCUGCAAGGAAGGUUAUGGCGGCGAAGUCUGCGAGAAGAAAUGUCAACGAGGGCAAGUCACGUAA